UGCCUGGACCACAGGGAUACAGAGGCCCUCCUGGUAUCCAUGGCAACAUUGGACCAUGGGGUGAAGUUGGGUCCCGUGGUCUUCCAGGCGGUCAAGGUCCACAAGGCCCAGUUGGUCCUCCUGGAGUUACAGGUUACUCUGGUAAAGAUGGAAGUCAGGGGCCAUCUGGAUCAGGGGGUGUAAAAGGAGAUAAGGGAUCCAGAGGACCUGUGGGGCAGGAGGGAGUUGCUGGUCUCGAUGGGUCCAAACGGACAGAAAGGAUUUGAAGGGCCAGCCGGCCAAAAAGGCUUAUCUGGUGUUAUGGGAAACACAGGACCUCCUGGGCAGAAAGGACCAAAGGGGUCUGAGGGUGAAAGAGGAAACCAAGGUUCACAGGGACCGAAGGGGCCACAAGGGAAACGGGGGUACAGGGGUGCACCUGGAGAUAGAGGACAGCAGGGGCCCCCAGGACUCAAGGGUGAGCCCGGCACCAGGGCUUUAUCAGGCACUCGUGGGCCAUUUGGAGCUGGAGGCCAAACUGGGGCAGCAGGAACGAAAGGCCAGAGAGGGCUCCAGGGACUCGCUGGACCUCCUGGUACUGUGGGCCCUCCUGGACCCACUGGGCCGUCACCAGCUGGAUUACCUGGCAAGACAGGUGCUGAAGGUAAAAGUGGAGCCCCUGGAGCAAAGGGCAGUCUUGGUGAAAAGGGUAUGCUGGGUCUUCCAGGCAUUCAGGGAGACGUGGGCAUCAGAGGUAUGAAAGGCGUAAAAGGCGAGCCUGGAUCACGAGGGAAAGUGGGCACAAUGGGGAAGAUGGGGGUCGUAGGCUCUCCAGGUCCUAAAGGUCAAACUGGACCUGGUGUUCCUCCUGGUCCUCCAGGAGCUAAAGGAAUCCAGGGACCAAAGGGAAAAGGUGGUGAGCCAGGAAGUACAGGGACAAAAGGAGCUGCUGGGCACAUUGGACCUGAAGGCCUGCCGGGGAGGUCAGGACCUGCUGGACCACCUGGAAAACCUGGACUGAGUGGUCUGGAUGGCUUGCUGGGAAUUCAGGGUAAUGAGGGAGAUCCGGGUGACGUCGGUCACAGAGGAGCUCCUGGAACGCCAGGCAGGCCUGGCAAGACGGGAAAACCUGGAUCUCCUGGGAUUAAGGGAAACGCUGGAGAAGGGGGGGUGAAGGGUAAGAGGGGUCUAAAAGGAACACAUGGGCCUCCUGGACCAAUUGGGCCAAAGGGCAUUCCAGGGCUGAGAGGAGAGAAAGGUGAAUCUGGAAGUCUUGGCACGAAGGGUCUCCCAGGUGAUACAGGGAUACUUGGACCGAUAGGUCCACCUGGAUUAAAGGGGAAUCCUGGUUUGCAGGGAUUUAAAGGUGAAAAGGGUGAUAAGGGGAAACAGGGGGACACUGGUCCUCGUGGUCCAGCCGGGCAGGAAGGCUUCUCGGGAAUCCCUGGCCACCUUGGAGUGAAAGGAAUGAAAGGUGUCCGAGGCAGGAGAGGUCCAAAGGGAACGAAGGGCAAGCCGGGACCUCAAGGAAAACCAGGAGCACCUGGCAAACGGAAGCCUAAGCAAAGACCUGUUAAAAAAUAUAGUUUUCAAACUGCACAGAGUUCAAAGCAAAGCCCCGGCCUCCUGCAGCAAAGCGAAGGCCAACAAAAACCCAGAGGAGUGACAAGGAGAUGCUGUACAGAAAACCAAACGAGUGCUGCUGCCACAGAUGAUUCAGACAGUCAGAUUAUCCACUUACUGGGAGACUCUGGCAAAGAAAUCGAUUCACACUUUGUCACAGUGUCCAGGAAACACUCUGAGCUGGAGCUGUUUGUCAGGGUUCAAGGAGAUACGGAAUUACUUCCUGUCCGACAUCUGGGUGUAGAGACGAUCAGUGUCUCCAAGCUCGUCUCCGAGAUCUCUGUGGCAUUGGGACCCGUCUGCUUCUUGUGA